AUCAUAUGCAUCUAUUUAGACAGCACUGGUGAAAAUAAUAAAAACUGAAGUGUCUAUUUAGAUUUACUGAAAAAUUUUAUAAUACCGUAUGCGUCUAUUUAGACGGUACUGGUAAAAUAUAUAAUAUUUGGAGCGUCUCUUUUGACGGAUUAGUAAAAUCACUACCUAUUGGUAUGAAUGUGUCAUGUAUUUUCAAUACAUGUAUGUCAUGGUAACACUACGAAAUUAAAAAUGUUGAUAAUUUACCGACGGGAUUAUCGACAUUUUUAAUUCCGUUUGGGCGGCGCUGGGGUCCGGUCGAAGUUUGCUCUUUACUUUAGGAUCCCCUUAACAAUACAUUGGUCAAGUAUACGCGUUAAGUAUGGAGUGGUUAUUAUGCGUAUCACUUUUCGUUGAUGACAGUUCUCUCUCCAAGAUUAUUACAAUGAUAACAUUAUUAUAAUGACAAUUAUUAUAAAAAUCUGAAUGGCACAACAAAAUGUCAAUGUGCUUUAUAUCCGACUAUCUAGCAAAGUAUAUAAAAUGCUGUGAAUAGUAGUUUCUAAUUUAACAGUCAAAAGAAAAUAACAUUGUCAUGGAGGAAAACGAAGUAUACAAUGCUACAGUCUCAUCUUUCUUUGGGAUUGAAUCGGCAUUUUGGAAUUAUUCCGAUCAUGUCAUCUUGGAUGAUCUUAAAAUGGAUAGCAACCUUAUAUGGUUGCUAUGUUCAUUAGGAUUUGCCACAUUCUGGAUUGUUUAUAUCACUUAUUAUAAUAGUAGAGUGGCUGGUUAUAUAUUGACAAAGUUGUUAAAUCGAUUUGUUAUUAGAGACGGAUAUGUUAAAGUUGGAUCUUUCACACUAAGUGCUUUAAGUGGAAAAAUAAUGUUUAGGGACAUAGUUUAUAUUACAACAGAUUAUAGUUUUAGAAUUCAGGAUGGUUGGCUCAUAUUUAGGUGGUGGAGAAGUUAUGUUCCUAAAGAUGUAUCAGAAGAUCUUUCACAUUCUGACACACGGUUAUCAGUUAUGUUAAAUGGCUUUGAGUUACAUGUUUACAAUCGCUGUCAACUUUAUGCACAAUUAGAGAAAUCUUUUGGUCUUACACCACAAAUGUUUGCCAAUGAGGAAAGUCAUAAUAUAAAUAGUGAUGAUCUGGAUGGGGAAUCUAUAAAUAAUGCAGCUAAUGAAAAUCGUCAUUCACAAAUUAAUGCAAUGGAUGUAUCUCGUCAUGUGGAUAACAUCAGAAAGAAAGAAGCUCAUGUGAUUGCACGUACUUGGAGAGAUUUGAUACCAGUUAUUAAACUAGAUAUUUGCACAGGAAGACUGGUAUUUGGUAAUCGUUUAGUACCAACUACAUUAUCAAUAACAGUGGAGGAGGCACAUUUUGUAUAUUCUACAAAACCGGCAGCAUCUAGACAUGAUCAUUUUAUGCAUUUUACCAAGUGUAAAGCUGAGAACUUUAAAGUUAUUUUGGCUCCUAGCCCAAAGUAUACUGGAAUGGUUGACGAUCCACCCAGAUACAUGGGAGAAGGUUUUGUUAUUCUAAGUUCAAAUAAUAUGGAAGUUUAUUAUUAUAUGGAUGAACCUGGCGUUGUACCGGAACAUCCUGAAAUGAUUCAAUUAGUGAAUGGAGACAUGGUUGAGGCAAUGCCUCCUAUAUGGGGUAUUGAUAUUAAGUGUGGUAAGGGCACAGAUUUCAGUUAUGGUCCUUGGGCUGAUAGGCAACGAGAGCAUUUAUUUAAAUUCUUCUUUCCUAAUGAUUACCAACCAUUGAAAAUUACAAAAUUGCCUAAACCAGGAGAUAAAAGACAAGUUCAAUCGUUUGACAUUAGGUUAUCAACAUUGAAUGAGGCAACAAUUGAUAUACUUUUUAGCAAAAAUAGAGAGACAAAUGCUGUUCAUGUUAAUGUAGGACCAGGAUCAUAUUUAGAAAUUACAAUGCCAUGGAUAGUAUUACAAGAUGGUUAUACUGCAAAGAUAACGGGCCAACUUCUACAUUUGGAAGCUACAUCUAGUCUACAGUAUCGGAGUCUAGUUGAGAGUGAAACCUUAGAAUUUGGAGUAAAAUGCCAUUAUCCCAUUAAAUGGAACGAUCAUCAAGAAUGGACGUUGAAUUUAACUGGUUGUAAAGCAACUGCUAAUUUAGUUUAUUCGCAUAAAGACUUUUUUCAAGAUAUGAUCAAUGAUUGGGCGAGUAAAGCGAGACCUGACAUUCUACACUUUGUUCCAUAUACUUGGAAAUUUAGUUUACUUUUGAAAGAAUUUGAAUUGAUUACGCUCUGCAAUGAAUACAAUUGGAUCGAUUGCUCGUCUCAGAACCAAGAAAAUGCGCACAUUGCUUUUUGCGGAGAGCUUUUCGAUCUGUCAUUUGAUCUUCCAUUUGUAGAUUUUCUACCUGUCACAAUACCCUUGCGUUUCUGGAUUCAAGGAGAAAGCGUCGAUCUUUUGUUCUAUUUGCCAGAAGUUAAUACUAAUCGUGUCAUUUUAUUAGCAUUAGAUAAAAAUGCAAAAAUCAUGACGCGCGAUGGAUCUCACAAGCAUUUGCAUGAAUUGAAUAAAGGCAAGAAAUGGAGAAAUUUUUGUCAAAAAGAGUCAGGCUGGGUUAAUUGCUGGUCUGUGCCGAUUGUGGCAUUAAGUAUUAAUUAUACUUAUCAUUUAUGCCCACCUUUAGGCCCUACUCCACAAGCUAAUAUAACUACUCCAGAGAAAGAAGAAAUUCUUUUGUCUCCUAUGCGAAUACCUAAAUGUAGAAAAUCGCCAGGCUUGCAGUGGGCAAGAAGUGGUGCACAGAAAUUUGAUCCGCAAUCUAUAGCGCCUGAUAAAGUUAGUUUAGAGCUUGAAAUCGGGCCAUCCAUAUUAAUUUUAUAUGGAUCUUUGCUGAAAAAUUUCAUACAUUUGAAAGAGAAUUUAUUUGGAGAUUAUCAAAUGUUUACCGAUAUGCAACAAAGUAGAAACACUGUAAACACAGAAAAAAAUAAGGAUAAAGAUGUACAAAACAGCAGUAUCGAGGCAUCCACGGAAGAUGAAGAAAUAAGAUCUAAACCGUUCGAUCCGAGAGAUUAUAGACCAUUAGAAGUGACUGUUGGUGUUACUAUGCACGACAUUCAAGCUCAUCUAAUAAAGAAUUGUAAUGAAGAUGAUCCACCAUGUCCAGUUAUACUUCUAGAACGUUUCGGAUUUGAAAUGAGAAAGGGUUAUAAGGAAACACAACUUCAGUUAUUGCUUUCUCCUGCCAUUGCUUUAGUUACAGACAACAUAACAAGAUCGAAUAAAGAACAUCAUCUGAAUCAGGGACAUUUGAUGUUGAGUGCACUGCAAGUUAGAGGUCAUGCUAUGUUUAGCAAUGAA